GGCCAAGUCAGAACUCAAAGCACCUGCACCUGUGGAAUACAAAAUGUGGCUCCUACAAUUAAUAGCGGGUUUGUUAAGUUUGGGAUUGGCUACAGCCCUGCCAGCGGAUGCAGGACGAGCCAGUUCAGUGACCACUGUCACCAUCGUUAGGGGACAUGGAUACGAGCUGGAGGAACACGAUGUGCAGACCUCCGAUGGUUACAUCCUGACCAUGCAUCGCAUUCCUUACUCCAAAAACACUGGGGACGAUGGCCCACGUCCUGUAGUCUUUCUUAUGCAUGGACUACUCUGCUCCUCUUCCGAUUGGGUGCUUGGAGGACCUCACAGUGGACUGGCCUAUUUACUUUCAGAGGAGGGUUAUGAUGUUUGGAUGGGCAAUGCCAGGGGUAACACCUACUCCAAGAAGCAUGCCACCAAAUCCCCGCUGCUGCAACCCUUCUGGAACUUUGAGUGGCACGACAUUGGUAUAUACGAUCUGCCCGCUAUGAUGGACUACGUCCUUUACCGCACGGGUGUGGAUCAACUGACUUACGUGGGUCACUCCCAGGGAACCACUUCCUUCUUUGUCCUCAAUUCGAUGAUCCCCCGUUUCAAGAGUCGCAUUAGGUCAGCUCAUCUGCUGGCUCCUGUUGCCUGGAUGGAGCACAUGGAGAGUCCUUUGGCUACAGUUGGAGGUCCUUUGCUGGGUCAGCCCAACGCCUUCGUGGAGCUGUUCGGCAGUGCGGAAUUCCUUCCUAAUACCCAGUUGAUGAACCUGUUUGGAGCUAUUCUUUGUAAUGAUGAGGCCAUUUCGCAAUUCAUGUGCACCAACACCCUGUUUCUUUUGGGUGGCUGGAACUCGCCGUACAUCAACGAAACCAUGCUGCCUGAAAUUAUGGCAACCACCCCGGCCGGAUGCUCUGUGAAUCAAAUCUUCCACUACCUGCAGGAGUACAACUCCGGCUACUUCCGACAGUUUGACUAUGGCAAAACGCGCAACAAGAAGGAGUACAGCAGCAAGACUCCGCCGGAAUACGAUGUAGAGGGCAUUGAGGUGCCCACCUACCUUUACUACAGUGAUAACGACUACUUCGCCAGUCUGAUCGACGUGGAUCGCCUAAGGUACACCAUGAAUCCGAGUGCCCUGCGAAGCGCAUAUCGCCUGCCGCAGGAAAAGUGGAACCACAUCGACUUCCUUUGGGGACUGAAUGUUAAGGAAAUUCUUUAUGACCGGGUCAUCGAUGACAUCAACAAUGCAUAAACGUGCGCUGCAAAUAAAGCGACAGACGUUGUGAUAAAAAAA